AUGAUGAUGGCCCGCAAGCAAGCUCCACAGACACAGUACACGCCGCUUUCUCCUUCGCAACUGUCGGAAGAUGCUGAUCUCCGUCAAGUUGACGACCGGGUAUCAUUGAGCGUAGGGGAUUACGACCCUGGGACGUUUGCUCAGCUCGCCCAACUUUCUUCGGCGCCGACCGCUACACCGGCAGACUCACGGCAAACCAUGGAGCGUCAAAGUGCAGUUGCCUCUUUAAGUGUCGAUGCAGCGGGGAAAGCACUUACUGCUGGUGGUAGUGCUGCUAGCGAAGGGCCAAAUGCUGCGCAAGAGCCCCCCACUACCUUUGCCUGGACACCGAAGGCUGCCGAAGCGCUAUUGCGUGUGCGCUACGAGACGAUGCGUGACCGCUUUCAUCGCAAUAAGAGUGCGAAGCAGCUCUCCAUUGCUUGGGGGCUUGUGGCAACGGAGACCUCGCGACUUGGCGGGCUCAUCGUCGACGCGAAGCAGUGCAAGUCAAAGCUUAAGCACAUGCACAAGCAGUAUACAGCGUAUCGUGUCGCUGAAGGAGCUACGGGUAACGCUACCGAUAAACCAUUGAAGGAGCCGCCAUGCUUUGCUACGAUGUGUGAUGUGUGGGAAGACCAUGACGGCAUGGAUGCCGAUGCUUUUUUCACUAGCGAUGCUUCAUACCAAAACCUGUCGUCUGACAGCUCCCAGCAGCUCCAUGAGAGAUCUGAUGCAGAGGUCGAGUGCGGCAAAGAGGCAAAACAUCGUGACGAACAACGAGCAUCGCGUGGUUGGAAAUCUCGUGGUAAACGCUCACGCGGAAGCGAUGACGCAGCGGCGGGAAUGAUGUCUAUCGGGGCAGGGCUGAACAACAUUGCUGAAGCAUUUAAAGCGGCAAGGGUGCAGAACACAGAAAGCCAAAGCAGCGACGUUUUGAGCUCCUUGAAGGAGUUAACGGAGACAGUUCGAUCCCAGGCGCGUAGUAGCGAGGAAAUGAUGAGCUCUGUUCAGGAGCUGACGCACGCAGUGCAUGCCCAAACGCUGGCAUUGAAUAAUUUGGUGCAGCUGCUUGCUGCAAACAACAGCACCUCGCAGCGUGAGUGA